GGCCAAGCACAAGGUGGCGACUUUAAGUCAAGGAGGCCACAGUUUGCGGUGGUGCGGCGAAUCGAUGAGUAUCUGACACCGAUAGAGUCACAGUGCGCCUGUCUGUCCCCUGACUGCACGCACAGCAGCACUACGCUGCGCAUGGCAGCAGCUCACCAUCCCGCACCAUGCUCUUAGCACACUCACCAGACACCAGACCAGAUACCAACCAAUGCAUCUCACCACACACCACGCCCCGUUCCGCUGUCUGUCUAGCUUCUCAUGGCGGGCGGCAGGAGGGUCGCCGACCCCUCGCUGCGGUAGUAGCCAUCAGGGGCCUGUGAGAUAGUGCAGACCGACCACAUGCAUACAGCGCACCCAUGCCUGACAGUCCAUCUCUCUGUCUGUCUGUCUGUCUGUCUGUCUUUCCUUCUUGCCCACCAGGGACAUCAUGCUACAGAGGUCCACAUGAGUCACAACCUGCUUGCCGAAACAGAGGUCCUGACACACACAACACACAAAUGUGUGAUGCAUAGCAGCUCCCCUGCCUGUCUGCCUGCCUGCCUGUCACCAUAUCAGGGAUGAUCUCUGUGUAGUUGGAAAUGUCGAUGCUCAGCCUACAGACACAGACGUUCGCACGACCACUCGGACUGUGGUGUGUGCGUGUCACUCACUGUCGGCUCUUCCUGCUGCCUUUCUUCUCGCCCCUCUGCCUCUUCUUCGCUGCCUGGGAGGUCUUGAAGAUCGUCAUGUGCGGCGUGAACUCCACCUCAUCUCUGUCAGAUGGACGCCGGCGACUCGCCUUCUCACGAUCCCCUUUCUUGCCCCACUUGGUCCUCUCCCGCCGUCUCCCCGAGCGAGCCCACACGUCCCCUGCGUCGUCAUCUGCAUGAUGGAGCGGCUCCUGCUCCUGCGCAUCGCAAUUAGCAGCGCGAGCAUCGGCAUCCUCUUGGAUCAAGGAAGACGACGAAGCGGCCGGUGCCGGUGCUUCAGGUGUUGCAUGCUCCUCAGCUGGCCGCUUGACGCGCCACUCCUUGUGGGAUUGUGGGUGGCUCGACUGGCUCGGCUGGCCCUUCUGUUUCUUGCGCUUCUUGCCCUUCUGAGGUUGCGCCUCGUGCUUGCUCCUGAAUGCCUGAGGCAUGCCGGCCGCCUCCAUGGCCGCAGCCUCAACAUCCUCUCCGGCAUUAUCCUCCUGUUGUUCGACGGUCUCGUCCUUGUGUUGCAUGGUGGUGUCGUCCUCUUGCCCAGCGUCGGCACUGGAAGCAGCAGCAGCAAGAGCAGCAGCCAGUGGGAUGAUGGGGCCUUCCUCCCCUUCGGAGUCGCUCGACGGCGGCAGCUCGGGCUCAUCCGGCAGCACCUCCACCGCCGCCAUGUCUGACGGAUGGUCCUGCUCGUCCUCCUCCUCCUCCUCCUCCUCCUCGUCGUGGUUGGACUGGGUCUGUCGCUGCUGCUCCUGUUGCUGUUGCCGUCGCCGCCCCUUGCCCUUCUUGGUGGUGGGCAGGAGGCCCUCACUCUCGAAUGCCUUCGUCAGCUCCUGGUUGAGCAGCGUAAGCACGGACAGCGACUCGUCAGACACACCGCCUGAAGGACAAGGCACAAGGGAAGGAGGUAUGGGGAGCGUCGGCGUCGUCGUUGCGGACUGACCGAAAAGCACUCGUGUGCCGAAUGUGGCCACCUUCAUGACAUCGACUUCCAGUGGCUCUGUGAGGGAGAGCUGCUCGAGUGCACACUCAACACCUGAGAGCGGGAAGAGGGCAAAGCCAGGAAUCGAUCCAGUUAGUUGCCCAUCCAGGUCAAGAUAAUAUGGUGCUCUGUUAGAUCCAUCCCUCUCUCACUGACUCACCUUUCUCCAUGGCCCGGAGGGCGUUUGGGAUGUCGCGCUUCUCCAGCGGCAGCACCACCAACGCUGCAAGCACAACGUACGUAGCAAUGACAGGAAAGAUGCACGAUGCACCGCCCGCCCAGUCAUCUCCAUGCACUUACAGUAGUGCAGCUUGAUGGGCUUGAUGGCGCAUUGCUCGAGGUCAGGCGAGACGGCGAUGAUUUUCUGCUGCAGAUCUUCAACCUUGUCCACUAUCUCUUUCGCGUCCACGCGAACCGCUGCAUACACCACAACCACACACAGGCAAUUAACGACGGGCGUGAGAAGGAAGGCAGCCGAAGCCGCGCAUUCAUUCAUUCACUGCCUACAGACGAAGUGAGUCGGCUUGCGCUUGACCGCCUUCCGCUUCUUGACAGCCGAGGCAUCUGCCUCGCUCAACGCUCUUUGCUUCAUGGCGAUGUCGAGGUACUCCGGAUAGAGGCCGCACGUCAGCGAACUGCUCAGCGUCGGCCAGUCGCGCAGCAGAAACAGGAAAUGAGUGCGCGGCGCUGCCAAGCUGUGCUUUGGAGAUCUCCAAGCAGCCAAUCUGCUCACCAACUGACCCAUCUCUUCUUUUUC